UGGUUUCGCACGAAGACUCGUUUUCACACAGAGGCGAAAGACAACUCGGAAAUGGCCUAUUUCUCUUUCCUUCGGAAAAUGAUCUGGCUCUUUUCUGAUACAUACAUUUUCUACCGUUGGGAACUCUCCAAUGCGUCAUUAUUAGCUCUUGCUGCACUCCUAUUAAACCAAUAAUCUUUAAGAGCGACCAACGUAGAUAUCAGUUGAAUUCUCGUUUCAAAAUUACUUCACUGUCAAGCAAACAUGUGACGUGAAUAAAUAGGCAUAUUGUCUUCAUGAACGCCAGUUAUCCUCGUGACAACAAAAAAGAAAUAUGUGUCGUUUAUUAUGACAGGAAUCAGAAUAUUUUAGGCUUGUGAAAGUGUCUAAAGACUACUAAUUGAAAAAUUCGAUUUUUUUUGAUACCUUUCUUUCAAUUGUGAGUCUUUUUUAAGGCAGGCUCUAAAACCUCUAAUGGAGAAUCUUAAGUGCAUUAUGGAUCACUCGUGUAAGAUUAUUAGUUUUAUUAUCACUCAACUUUGAACAGAAAAGAAUAACAAUUAACGUUUACGUUGUAAGACUAAACGUAUGCAAUUAUGAGGUGAUAAAGCUUGUCGUAUUUUGCUUUCACAAUGAAAUAAUGAAUCUUUGAAUAUUUAUGAAACAGCGUAAUACGUAUCAUGCAUUAACUUGCUUUUCAUGUAAACAACACAAAGAAGGGCGCCUUUGAAAAACGAUCUUUCAUACUUCAUCAACGAAAUUUUCGAUCAAAUACGCAUUAAUUGAGUUGUAUUCUUUGUUCCCCGCUUAGUAAUUACGAUCAUUUCACACUCUAUUGACGGUCUUAAUUAAUUCGAUGUACCUUUUGUUAGGAGCAGUUCGUGGGCAUAAGAGCGAAACAAAGGCAGGAGCAGAGUUCAAUGUACUUAUGCUUCACUUGUUUCGUGGCUGUUUGUGUACAUCUCGAGUGAUCAAUAUUUUAGAAAUUUUCGUGUCAGUUAAGUCAAAUAUUUGAUGACGGAAAGUCAGUUAUUUUCUCUUUCGUAACGGACGUUUCAGAUGUUUCGCCUUUGAUGCUGUUUCCAGGUCUUCUUUUCAAAACCGGCUCAUUUCCUGAACGGUUUGAAGUGGAGUAAUUUUACUCGGCUUCAAUAACUUAACGAAGAGAUCAGGAAGAAGGAUUUUUUUGUUUGCUGUCAGAGCAGCGAUGAAUUUCAGCUGUCUUAAAACACAAACCUCAAAGCAAACAAGCGAAAAGCGAUCGAGGAUUAGAGAAGAAUCACUUAGCGCAUGAAACUGCGUGAGUUAAAAAUUUAAAAACGGGAUAUCGAACGGACAUCAUGGCCGAACGAAAUACUCAUUCGAAAAACGAGCUGCAGUUUGGAAAAGCCACAAUGUACGUCAUCUCUGAGCUUGGUUUACAAACAGAACCACCUAUUCACGGCAAGACAGUCGACAGCAAGGUGUUUUUCGACAAAACUGUCUUCUCAGGGAAGAAAGUGAACUUUUCGCGUAGCAGGGCGAUUGAUUUCAGCUGGAAAGAAGUUGCCAACGCAUCAGACCAAGCGGAAAGCAAGAUAAGAAUUCUAGACUUGAAUGGAUUCGCUGUCGAUGGUAGUAUAAAAAGGCAUGUCUCCUUUGAAAAAAAGCCAUCUUUUACAGGUGUUACGGGCCAACAAGAACUCCUAAACCGACCUUAUGUGUGUUUGGAAACGUCAAGAGUUGAUGAUAUGAAACAAGUUGUAAACGAAGGCAAUCCGCGUGUGGCUCGCCGGAGUGCAAUCCGUCAUGUCACGGCAGCGGGACCCAAGAAAAAAGCUACAGACGAUUUCGACAAAAUGUCGAAGCAACGACCUGAGAAAUUUAUAGAACAGCGUUUUCUCGAGAGGAAGAACGCACUGCAGUACAGUUAUGAUGUAGAUUCACUUUCAAGGGAACAGAAGGUCGGAAACUCGAAGGACUUAAGUUUAACAAAUGGUAUUACUUCUGAAAAUCAAAAUGAUUCUGAAAACCGUAUCUCUCCCCAUGGCGAUCUUGCGAUAAUAGGGAAAAAUCCUGAGAGGCCUGGAAAAUGCUAUUUAAAAAGAAUAUUUUAUCCCAAAGGAAACAGUUAUUUAAAGCCUAGCAACCCGAGAUGCUUGCCACAAAUAUCAGCGAGAUGGGAAACACAUUUCGGGGCGAUAGAUUCAGGGAAACAGGUAAAGAAAGAGAGUUCAAAUACGGCAGAAACUAUACAACAAAAUAACUCAUAUUCACGAGAAAGCAAUAAACUGCUUCUACCUUUAAAUGUAAAUCUAAUGAAAAACAGCAAGAAACAAAAACAUCAUCUAAAGUCCAUUGUUAAACUUCCGACAGUUGUCGAUAAGAAGACGGGGCAGGUUCAUUUGUCUCUUGAAGCAGUCGCUUUCGAACAGAGUGACUACAACAAAUGGUCUCGGAGACGGCAGAGGCGAAUACAGCCUGAAAACGGAAAACUAUCGGGUUUUUCUUUCCCCUUGAUCAUUAAAACCGAAAAUAAAAUAGACAGUUCUUAAGUCCAAGCGAAGAAGGCAAUAAUCGAACAUUAAUAUGACAGACACGCUGCUAGCCAUCGAUACCUAAGACUAUUUGGUGGAGCAAGUCAAAUUUUUCGUUUCAAAUUUGCAUUUCGCAAAAUUAUACAAGCCAGAGCAGAUGUUAAUAAAAGUUAAUUGAAAACU